AUGUUGCCCACCACGAUUCACGCGUCGCCGUCUCUGAGCGACUUCACGCCCCUCUCAGAGUACCAAUCCACGACCCCAGAGACUUUCCACGGCGGAAAGCCCGUCCUCCACUACCACGCGACCGGCGCGAAAGCAUGGCUCCCAAAAGACCAACAGAGCACACUGCCCAUCUUUCCUGCCGACUCCCCGGUGUCCGAAGGAGAUUUGGGUGAGAUCAUCUCGCAAGAUGACGUCGAGCUGUUUGUCAACUCAGAGACUUUUACCAUCUUCAACCGCAAGUCGGGCUCUGGCGUGCAAAUACCAUUUCCUUCGAUAGCGCUACAUGCAAUGCAACACAAGGCCGAGCCUGCCUCUACCGGAAACGGAACCAGCGAGAGCGAAUCGACCAAGGCCCCGUGCAUCCUCCUGCAACUGGACCUGUCUGACGGCGGCGCAGACGAUGAAACUUUUGACACUGUACAACUCACGAUCGUCCCGCCACCCACGUCCACAGACCUAUCCUCUGCUGCCCAGGCAGGCUCGAGCCCGAGGUCUGAGCAGGAAAAGCUGUUCGAUGCCAUAACCGCGUGCCAGAAUCUCCAUCCCGACCCGGAUGAGGACGAUGACGAGGAGGACGGAGAGGACUACGCAGACAGGAUCAUCUUUGAGAGCAAUGUGGAUGCUAGCGGUGAGGCUAUCGAGGGCCUCCCAGGUGCAUUCCGGGGGAACGCGAGCGGCGGACUGCCGCCGCCCAUGCCGGGCAGCAGCGGGUGGAUCACGGCGGAGAAUGUCAACGAAUACUUUGACGAGGACGGGAACUGGAUUGGCGAUGGUGGCGAGAACGGGGAUGCGGAGGGUGAGGAGUUGGGAGACGGCGCGGGCACGGUCAGGACUCGCGACCAUGGUGGCGUCGAGGAGGGCGAGAACAAGCGCCCACGGACAGAGUGA